AUGCGCACUUCAUACCUAGGCUCUGCCCUCCUGGCUAUUGCUGAAGUCGUUUUGGCUUACUCUAGCCCGAUCUUAAGGGACAAUGACGUCUUCCGGCGCGAUGUUCUGACAAAGCUACCCAGAAAUGCCGAUGAAAAUAGUCUCAGAUUCCAACCGGCUCUCGAUUUCGAUAAGGAUAGCUGCUACAAUACUGCCGCUGUUGAUGUGCAGGGAAACCUCAAUCCAGGUCUACCAAACAAGGGUAGCCCUUCCGCUGGCUGUCGUGAUAUCUCACGGCUUGACAAUGCGAACGUAUAUUCCAGAAGUCGUUGCAAUAAUGGCUGGUGCGCUUACAUAACAGGCCGAGGCACAGGUGGUCAUGUCCAUGAUUGGGAAAAUGUUGUUGUCUUUGUGCAAAAUAACAAGAGGAUUGCCCGUGUUGCACCGUCGGCGCAUGGAGAGUACAAGGGGGCUACUAAUAAUCCUGUGCUUGAUGGUGAUCAUCCGCUUAUCGUCUACCAUAAGAAUGGUCUAAGCACGCAUGCCUUUCGUAUCGCUAAGGAGGAAGAGCGGUACGAUGUUGAGAAUGAUUUCGGAUGGUGGCAGAUUGCUGAUCUGGUUGCCUGGGAUGGUUAUCCCAGCGGCUUUGUUCAAGAGCAACUGACACAUCACGACUUUGGAAAGGCAACGAUUAAGCUGGUCGACAGCCGGUUCGGUGAUAAUUUAAAGAAAGCUGCAGGUGAUUCCAUUCCUGGGUUCGACCCAUACCAGGGUUAA